AUGGACAUAACUGUCCUGCCAAACAACAAUCAUCCAGAGAAAUUCCUGCAGCUGGAUGUGGGAAUGCUGCCGGUGACACACGGAAUGUUCCAGAUUGGUGCUGCGCUGUCUCACCAAAGGCAGUGGCACAACAGGAUGUACUCACAGAGGGAACGUGGUAAUGAGGUUAAGCUGUCAGCAGAUGGCAGUGAUGUGUUUGAAGACAGAGAUUUGGAGAAACGCAUCACUCCUCAAACUCUGAAACCAAAGAUCAAGCAGAACCCGCUGUACUCUCACAUCAACAUCAUCAAUACAGAGGAAAAAAACAAGUCCAAACCAUCAUGGACCAUUCAGGACUAUGACAGACACACUACACACGGUCAGCUGGCAGACUACAUGAAGGAAGACCCGAAAGACCUGAGCUUCUGGCUGGAAGAUCUUUACACCCCCGGCUAUGAUUCACUGCUCAAGAAGAAAGAAGCGGAACUGAAGAGGAACAAGAUUUGUAAAAUUUUUGCAUACAUCAUUCUGUCCAUUUGUGCAGUUGUGAUCAUUAUUACUGUGCCAAUAGUGGUAACACAGUCCAAACACUGA